UUUACGCCCAAAGAUCCCAACAUUUUGAACACCUCUAAAUGCAGUGUGGUGGUUAAGGGUAGCGCACCCGAAAAACGAUAAUGAAGAGGUUUUUCAAGCCAAUAGAGAAGGAUGGCUCUUCUAAGAAACCUAACCUCUCCUCCUCCUCUUCACCAUUAAACGACUGCCAAAAAAUAACUAAUGAUUCUUCUGUUGCUGCAAGUGAAGAGAACAGCGGCGCCGUAAAAAAGGAGCCUUUGAAAUUCUUGUCGUGGAAUGCUAAUAGUUUACUGCUGAGAAUCAAGAACAACUGGACCGAGUUUUCCAAGUUUGUAGAGAAUCUUGAUCCUGAUGUCAUUGCAUUGCAGGAAGUCAGGAUCCCCGCAGCUGGUGCUAAGGGUGCUUCCAGAAACCCGAGAGAGUUAAAAGAUGAUACGUCCGCCUCCCGUGAGGAGAAGCAGAUUGUCAUGCGAGCAUUAUCAAAUCCACCAUUCAAAAAUUAUAAUGUGUGGUGGUCUCUUUCAGAUUCAAAAUAUGCUGGAACAGCAUUGUUUAUAAAAAAGUGCUUCCAGCCAAUUAAGGUGUCCUUUUCACUGGAUCAAGCAGGUUCAAAGCAUGAAGCAGAUGGCCGGGUUAUUAUUGCUGAGUUUGAAUCAUUCCGUAUAUUGAAUACGUAUGUUCCUAACAACGGAUGGAAAGAGGAGGAAUCCUCAUUUCAGAGGAGAAGAAAGUGGGAUAAAAGGAUGCUGGAAUUUGUUCUCAGAGCUUCUGAUAAGUCCCUUAUCUGGUGUGGCGAUCUUAAUGUGAGUCAUGAAGAUAUUGAUGUAAGUCAUCCAGAAUUCUUCAGCGCUGCCAAGCUUAACGGUUACGUUCCACCCAACAAAGAGGAUUAUGGGCAACCUGGAUUUACAUUGGCUGAGCGGAGGCGUUUUGAGUUGAUCCUAAAAGAGGGAAAACUGGUAGAUGCAUACAGGUACCUGCACAAGGAUAAAGACAUGGAGCGUGGUUUCUCCUGGUCAGGAAAUCCAGUGGGGAAAUACCGUGGGAAAAGGAUGAGAAUCGACUAUUUUGUGGUUUCAAAUGAGUUGCAGGAAAGAAUUGUUUCUUGUGAAAUGCAUGGACAUGGCAUUGAAUUGGAAGGUUUUUUUGGGAGUGACCAUUGCCCAGUGUCUUUGGAGAUUUCUGAUUCGAAGUCCAACUUAUGACAACCCUGUUUUUUAGGCUCAAAAGUUAUAGGUCCAGUUUUAAUUAAUUAUCAUGACCUGCUCACAUUAAUAAGACUUGCUGAGCAGAUUUGGGGGGUGUAUUUUGUAGUUGAAUUAGAUUUGUGGCCAGUUUUUUUUUUUUUCGAAAUUUUGUGGCCAGUUAAUGAUGUCGAGAUUAGUACAUAUAGAUUCAUUCAUAAUUUAAAUAGUUAAUUGAUAAUGAUGUGGAGAUUAGUAUAUUAGUAACACUUUAUAUUUUUAUUCGUUCUGCG